GCCGGCUCGCGGGAGUAUUAUGGUCCGGUUGCAGAGCGCGCGGCGAGAGAAGGAGCGAGUGGAGCAGCAGCAGCGAGAGCAAACGCAUCAUGACGCGUUAUCAUCCACAUCUAUUUCCCCAAUGGACAUUUUCCAAAACAUUUUCGUGACAACAUCUGGUAUUUACUCUUUAGAUGGCAUUCUCCCAGCGCGUGCUCCGUGUGACUGACGGUAGGUUCAUGUGAAUUGGACGUUGUGUGUAUGUUUGGGACCUUCGAUUAUGGACAGAUGAAAGGGACAUCAUCUGAAACCUGGCAGUGUUUGACAUCAGUGAGCUUUUCUGAGCCACGUGUGCUAAUGUACAUUUUUAAACCUCAUUACUGACGGAUUAUUAUGCGUAAGCUGUGUGAUGGUGACCUGGAGACGUAUAGUCAGUUCACUGGGAUAUUUCUGACACCACAAUAUUGAUAUAUUAAACUCCAGUGUAAACUUCAGUCCCUAAACUGACUUUUUUGAAUCUUUCACCAAGUAUUCUGAAACAUGGCUUUACCUGACAAUGCUAUUAGCCUUCCUGUUGAGGAACUGGCCUUUCCGGAAAUUAUUGAGCUGAACGUCGGGGGUCAGGUGUAUAUCACCCGCUACUCGACGUUAACAAGUGUGCCGGACUCGCUCCUGUGGGAGAUGUUCAGCCAGAAGAGCACCAAGAGCUUGGCGCGCGACACCAAGGGUCGUUUUUUCGUGGACCGAGACGGAUUCCUGUUCCGUUAUAUUCUGGAUUACAUGCGAGACCAGCAGCUCGUCCUUCCGGACCAUUUCCCGGAGCGAGGACGGCUGCAGCGCGAGGCUGAGUUCUUCAACCUCCCCGAGCUGGUCAAGCUGCUGGCACCCAAGCUCAGUAAGCAGAACUCUCUGGGCGACGAGGGCUGCCAGAGCGACCCCGAGGAGCCCUCGCCCGGCGCCUGCUCCAGCCUGGCCUCGGGCGACGGGAAGUGCUCCGGGUUCAUCACCAUCGGCUACCGCGGCUCCUACACUCUCGGCCGUGAUAGCCAAACUGACGCCAAGUUCCGGCGAGUGGCUCGGAUUAUGGUGUGUGGGAAGACGUCUCUCGCUAAGGAGGUUUUCGGGGAAACGCUGAACGAGAGCCGCGACCCCGAUCGCCCGCCAGAGCGAUACACGGCGCGCUAUUACCUGAAGUUUACUUUCCUGGAGCAGGCUUUUGACCGGUUAGCGGAUGCCGGCUUCCACAUGGUGGCUUGCAACUCCACGGGGACUUGCGCCUUCGCUCACGAGCAGACUGACGACAAAAUCUGGACCAGCUACACCGAAUACGUAUUCUACCGUGAGUGAUCUUAAACCCUGCCUCCCACGCCAGAGAUCCUGUAGAAGCUUCUAGAUCACCAUCCAUCAGACUUUCCCACAUCCGAGCCCUUAAUGCCUCCUCCCCACGGCGCUCGAGUAACCUCUCUUCCCUCCAAACGAGCCCUGUUGAUCUUCCCUUCACCGAGAGACUGCCUUCCCCUCUCUCAGCCCUCGAGAAGCGCAGCGUUGUGCUGUCGUUGAUGUGUUUUGUCGAGUUAAAAGUUGGAGAUGAACUGCUAAACUGGGCUUGAGCCAUUCGAAAGGCUCUUCUCUUAUGUCACUCAAAUGAUAAAGCUUUAGAGUUGUUCGUGAUGCGAAAUAGAGAUGUAAUAGAUUAUGUAAUUUGGGUUGUUAUUAUUAUUGUAUCUAACCCUUUAAAAGGGGCCAAAGGAGAGAGAAUCCACUAGGUUAUAAAACCAUCUUUAGAUGCAGUCACUGAGAGACCAAAAGAUGAAACAAUGCAGACUAUUUUACAUUUAAUAUAUUUUUAACUAGCAUUAAUGAAUAGUGUCAAAGCAGGUUUGGAUUUGGUAACCAUUAAUUGCACAGAAUGGUAUAAUGCCACCUGAAAGUGCGGUGAGCUGUGUUCGAGGAUACGAGACAUCGAAACAUUGUGCUCAGAACACUCACGUUUUGUUUUUAGGUCCACCUGAGUUUCCAGUUCGCUUUUCUUUAUCUUGUCGUUGCCUGCCAUUUGUGCUAAUUCUUUCAUAUGCUUAUAUUAUUGUUGUUUAAGUUAAAUGCUUCAUAUAUUUAAAGAUACAUAUUUAAAUUAAGUGCAUUUAGUAAUUGAUGUUUGCAUAUCUUAAGCCAUAGCCUGUUAUAAAACACCGUAUAUUUUGUAAUCAUGCAAAUGAUAUUAGUUAAGUAGAUAUUUUCUUCUUCAUUACAUGCAGUGCCAUUGUUUGACACCGAGUUAGACGGUGAAUUUUAGAGCUUUAAAUUUCAGGUAUUUCCAUUGUAACCUCAGGCCAGAAUUGCCAUUAACUCAAACACAAGCACAGAAUCUCACAGUGGAAUUUAGUUAUGAGAUGUCAUUUGAGAUAACACAUAUCAACCAGUAAUUUAUUUUAUGUCAGUCAGAAAUGAACUUAAUCCCUUAAUCGUAAUAUCCUGAUAGUGUUUUAAAGGUUACGUCCGGGCAUUGUUUAAAGUGAAGUGCUAGCCUCAAAGUGUCUUUAUGAAAGCAUGAAUAAAAACGAGUAUAUUGUCCUAAAUAUAAAACCAAUGUAUGUAUUCAGUGUGUUUGCACAUUAUCAAAACAGGCCAAAAUGAUGUACAAACACAUUUCCUGUUCUAUCAAUGAAAUGAAAUCAAACUUAAAUGAAAGUUAAUGCACUAUUUAAACAAGAUCUUGUAGUCUUUCAUGUUUCAGUGCUUCAUGCACCAGAGAAAUUUCUAUAUUGAAGACCAUUUUUGCAAGCAUAAAAGAUUAAGACUACACUGUAAAAAAUAAAUCCGUAAAAUAACAGAAAAAGUACUGGCAGCUCAUUACACACAACAUUAUUCAUUCAUUUUACAGACAUUUCUGUUAACCCUAAAACACAAUACAAUGAAGUGUUAAAUUCUAAAUACUGGUAAAAGACCAGUAAAACAUAAAUACGGAAAAAUGCCUUCAAAUUAUACACUAUUGUGCCCUAUUUUUACUUUAGUUUUUUUUUUUUUUUUUUUAGCGUGUAGUAAUAAAAGUCAGAAAU